AGGCUCCGAGACCUCUUGCCUACUAGAGACAUCUUGUUGAUCCCCCCCCCAUCGCAAGAACCGACAAGAUGACUGAAGGCUUCGAAAUUGACAUGAGCAAGUUCAAGGAGGUCAAGCUCGACCCUUGGCAGCACGAGAGCAUCCCAGCAGAUAUCAAGGCUGACAUCCUCGCCAACAUCGAGCUCUGCCGCGACGCUGUCAUCUUCUUCACUGCCUGCGGGUCCGCUUCAGGGUACGGAGGCCACACGGGAGGAGCGUUUGACACCAUGCCCGAAGUUAUGCUCCUGCGGUCCUUCUUCAAUGCCAGGCCGGACAAGUUCGUCCCCAUCUACUUCGAUGAGGCCGGUCAUCGCGUCGCCACGCAGUAUCUGCUCUCAGCGCUCGACGGGCAUGUCACCUUUGCUCACCUCAAGAAGUACCGCGUCGGUCACGCGGGUCUCCCCGGCCAUCCAGAGCUUCACUGCACCCCCGGCGUCAAGUUCAGCUCGGGAAGGCUUGGGCAGAUGUGGCCCAUGGUCAACGGAGUUGGCAUGGCGAACCCCGACAAGAUCGUGUGGUGCCUGGCGUCGGACGGAGCGCAGCAGGAGGGCAACGACGCUGAGGCAGCGAGGUUGGCGGCAGCAAGGGACAUCAACGUCAAGCUCAUCGUCGACGACAACAACGUGACGAUCGCCGGACAUCCGCAGGACUACCUCAAGGGCUACAACGUGGAGAAGACGCUGGAGGGCCAUGGCAUGACCUGCGCUGUCUGUGACGGGGAGGACCUGGACGCGCUGUACAAGGCGAUGAGAGCUGCGGUACUCAAGGAUGGGCCCGUCGCCGUCGUGGCCAAGCGCAAGAUGUGCCCUGGCGUGGAGGGAGUGGAGGGAACCUGCCACGGGCAUGACGCCAUCGCCGUCGCCAAGGCCAUCACGUACCUCGAGAAGAAGGGCUACAAGGAGGCGGUCCAGUGGCUCCAGGGCCCUGCCACCAAGGCCGAGAAGGACCCCAGGGCCGGGACCUACAUGGGAACUCAGGGAUCGUCCGUAGGGGCCAACCGCGCGGAGUUUGGAAAUGCGGUGUGCAAGAUCCUUGCGGCGAUGUCGCCAGAGGAGAGGAAGCAGAAAGUGAUGUGCAUCGACUCGGACCUGGAGGGCUCGACGGGGCUCAAGGUGAUCCACCAGCAGUUCCCCGACAUUUUCGUCCAGUCGGGCAUCAUGGAGCGCGGAAACUUCCAGGCCGCCGCCGGGUUCGGCAUGGACAAGAGCAAGCAGGCGAUCUUCUCGACGUUCGCUGCCUUCCUCGAGAUGUGCGUGUCGGAGAUGACCAUGGCGAGGCUCAACCACUCCAACGUCCUCUGCCACUUCUCGCACAGCGGCGUCGACGACAUGGCGGACAACUCCUGCCACUACGGCCUCAACAACUUCUUUGCGGACAACGGGCUCGACGAGCACGAGACCACCAGGCUCUACUUCCCAGCUGACUACCACCAGCUGCUCAAGGUGGUUCCGGCUGUGUUCUGGGAUCAUGGCAUCCGCUGCAUCUUCACCACUCGCUCCAAGCUGCCGGCGAUCCAGGACGAGCAGGGCAAGGAGAUGUUUGGAGAGGGCUACACGUUCGUGCCCGGCAAGGAUGACGUGAUCCGCAAGGGAACCAAGGGAUACAUCGUGUCGUACGGUGACUCGCUGUACCGCAGCUUGGACGCGGUGGAGCGUCUGAGGGCGGAGGGAGUGGACGUGGGUCUGAUCAACAAGUGCACGCUCAACGUGGUGGACGACGAGUGCAUGCAGCUCAUCGGAAAGACCGGCUUCGUCCUCGUCGUCGAGCCUCUCAACCGCAAGACUGGCCUUGGCGUUCGCUUCGGCACCUGGUUGCUCGAGCGAGGCCUCUCGCCCAAGUACGGCUACAUCGGCUCCACUCGCGAGGGCUGCGGUGGAUUGUGGGAGCAUGCGUACCACCAGGGAUAUGAUGCGGACUCCAUCCUAGCGAAGGCGAAGAGCAUGAUCUGAGCUUGACGUCUCGUGUAAGCUAUUGACAUGACCUAGCAAGUAAGAGUGCUUGUCCGCAUGGACUGCCUCCUCGGACGUAGAUGUUUCACCCUAGCCCACCUCUCCUCGUAUCUUCAUUUCAUAAAUUUUCUGAUG